AACUCUCUCAAACCACACCGUUUCUCAUUCCAACCACGUGGCAGCCUCUUAUGAAGAAUGGAACAUGAUGUGGGCGGAGGGAAAGUGGAAAAGAAAGCAGGCGACCGACUCCUUCCGCUCCUUACAUCGGACCCAGCCACGAACCUUAAAUGCUUCCACCAGACCAGACCAGCCUCUCCCGUCGUCCCAUAUAUACAUUCAUAUCCCACCAGAUUAUGCUUAUCGACUCAAAGUAUUGAUCCCCCAAUGCAACAUGCGGCAUGCUUUCUCUUCUCCGCUAUACUUACUUUCACCUCGUCGUGUCGUCCCACACACGGAAAAAAGUCAAUGGGACAUUACACAUUAUAUUAUUUCAUCAUACGAAAAUAUACAUCAUCCACUCGAGAUCCUAAGCUGCCAAACAUGGCGAGAACAAUAACAAACCACUCGCUAUUGUUGGUGUCAGGAUAAUAAAUAAAUACAAAAGUUACAAAAGUAGCGUGCAAAAGUUGGCCGAUGGUGUCACACUUGUAGCUUAAGCAGCGUGUGUCUAUCCAAUCCACCAGAUCUGCUUGCACAAACAGGUCCUUCCUAGAAAUUGAUUCACUUGUCAAACAAGGAGAAAGUUUGGAGGAGGAGAAAAUUCAUUACUUCUUUUUUUUACAAGGAUUCGUUUUACUGUACUCCACUUGAAAAGAAGUGGAAAUUGAUUGAAAUAUUUCCGAGAAAAGUAAUCGAGACAGACAGACAUCGAGCGAGUGAAAGCAAGGCAGGCCGAAUAUUACUUUAUCAUGCAUGAAAGCAUACGAGCCUAGUUUUUUUAGGAAAUAUUAAGCAAUUCCGUCGCUUCCGUUGUCUCAUUCUGGGCACGUUUAAAGAGAUCCAAUUACUGCAUUACGAAUGCACUCGCGAGGAGCCACUCGUACUUCCAGGAUCAUUAUUGUCACACGGAGGGAGUGGUGGGUGGAGGACGAAAAGAAGGCAAUUUGUGGCUGCCAUGAGCUACACGAUUUUAUAAAAAGCGUUCACAAAUCCAGUAUCUUCUUCGGCGAAAGACGUUCUGCCGGUUAAAGAAAGAGGGACCGACGCUACAUACAGAUAAAUACUUUCUCCACAUACAAAAACCACCAAUUUUUGUGUCCUCAAUUUCUCUUCUUCUCUUUGCUAAAUAACCAGCUGUGAUACUUCACUUAUUCCACAAUUUGUUCAGCCGACACAAUCAAUCCGCACUUCUCAUCUGCUCACCCAACCAAAAACACGACGAAAAACUAAUAAGACUGAUCAGUAUUCUGGCCAAGUUUUGAUUUAAAAAAAAGUACCAAAUAUGCAGCUCGGUAACUUUGAGUACAUCAACACCUACGCGGACUCUGUCCUGGAAAACCUUCACGAUCAAAUGGUGGACAACGGGAUGAGCCUCGUCAAUCUGCCCGACACAACGGUCAACUUUUGCAAGCGGCGGUUGGGCGUCACCUGGAAGGGGGAAGCCCAACUUUAUAACGGGGUUCUUAUCGGCCUCGAGUCUGUCCACCGCACUGACGACGCCAAAAUCACGCUCGACAUGGACAAAAUUUUGGUGGACGUUGGCGUGGGUAUAAUGAAUACAGGGUUGAACUAUGACGUCCACGCGACCCUAAUGAAUCACGGGCCGAGAGGGACCAUCACUGGAAGUCUGACGCAUAUCACGUGCGAUAUCCAGCUCUGUUUGGUCCACGGGUCGGAAAACGUGGUCCUCGAAAAACUCACUGUCAAAGAUAUUGGUCACCUACGCGCAAAAGUGACCGGGCUGGGAUCCCUCCUCAACUUUGUGGCUUCCAGAAUCCUUCAAAUAGUUGGGAACCGUGUCAAGUGGAAGGUUUCGAGCAUGUUGGAAGGCGUAAUAAAAGACCUUUUGAACGAGAUCAUUUCCAAAACCCCGUUGCCCACGACGUCCUCUUCACUUCCAGACGUUACCAAGAUGUUUCUCCUCACGUAACUAACCACCCAACCGAUCAGAACAUCAAUUCUUCUUCUUCCCGGGAGCAAUCAGAGUCAAGCGAAGGAUGCCCAACCUGCCAACCAAUUCGAGUAAUUACUCUCAGAUGUAUGUACCACGUGGGAAAAAGGGUAAAACUAAUGACGCUCUUCAUCUUCAACCUGCUAAAUUCUGUACGGAAUAAAAAUCACACAGUGUUUCGCGUGCAAGUAACCAGAAAUAACGACAAGAAAGUGGUUUCUUGCAGCUAUUUUGACCUGCAAGAAAUGCAAGGCGCAAGAAACUACGCCCCGACGCCAUAUUUCUUACGGCGCUUGGCUAGAUGGCGCAUAUUUCUUGCACUUUCUCCCAUGCAGUUUCUUGCACUUCGCAUUUCUUGCGUCUCUUGCUUUGCAGUGCAAGAAAUUCAGCAAAGAAACGAAGCCCUGGCGAAACUGAAGUGUUUUUUCCCCUCCGUGUAAAAAAUGUAUACUUUUUUAUCAACUCCUCGAAAUUGUAUUUGCAUAUCCACCAACGAACAAAAGACAGAAAGUUUUCGUCAGAGAGACGACUUUCUCAUUUCUCAAUCCUUUCUCUCCUUCUCGUCUCCACUUGUGACUAGGAUUCACUCCUUCUUGAUCCCGCAUCUGAUUCUGUUAGUUAUUUACACGCAAGGCAAGCCAGCAACAGGGCAAAAGUUAAGAUUACUUGGAUCACUCUGGGGACGCCUGAGCGAGCUUCGAAUAACAAAAGCUGUCGAGAUAUUGAUCCCAGACAAGCUCACGGUACUCCUCAGAUUGAAAAAAACCUAUUUAGUAAAUACACCCCAAAACAAAUUCGACUCAUUUGACAAAAUCCGUCAUUAAGUGAUUGCUGCAUCGAGGGAAGGUCGAGGGUCACGGUUUACGGUGAGUGAGAGUGAUCAUCUCGAUUUAGACGAAAUGCAAUACCCGUCUUUUCCAGGGGGAUUAAAGUUGAGACGGGCUUAGGUGCUGGCUAAAUUGCGGACAAAAUGGGGUACGUGGUCUAAUCAGGAGUAGAACUACUUUAUAGAAAAGGAGAUGAUUUUACGUCACUACAAAAAGUUAGUUCUUCCCGAUCCGAGAUUUACGGAGGAGACGACGUCUUCUCAAUCAAACGAAACACCCACUAACAUUAUUUCUGAGAUUGAUAUUGCUAAAUUUCACGACGAGUACAAAGCAAAAUAUUCUCGUUUUUUAUCCAAUUUGGACACUUUCUUCCAGUGAACAAUUUGUUCAAAAUGUCUCAUUUAUUAUUCUUCCGUGAACUAGAUAUUGCAAAAUUUCACGACGACUGCAAAUUAAGAACAUAGUUAGUCGACAUUUUACUUCCAUUUGCAUACUUUCUUCCAUUACCUAAAUUGAGAAUAUUUCGCUCAAAAUGUCUCCUUUAUUCUUAUUCUGUACUGGAUGUUGCAAAAUUUCAAACUAAUUGUAAAAACAUGACAUGCAGACAUUUCAAUUUGCAUACUUUCUUCCAUCAAAUUGUGAAUGUUUUGCUCAAAAUGUCUCAUUUAUUCUUCUUCUGUGCGAGGUAUCACAAAAUUUCACUAGAAAUAGUUAGUCAAAAUAUUUACCUAUUUUCCUCCAAUUUGCAUCCUUUCUUCCAUUAAAUUUCGGAAUAUUUUGCUCAAAAAUUUCUCAUCUGAUGAAUUCUUCUUAUACAUACGUGAUGAUCUGCCAGCCAAUUAGCAGAUUGAACUGAACCGUACUAACUCUGUCGACCUAUUUACUUCUUCUUCUCAUCUGUCUGUCUAUUUAGCUAACUUUACUUACUUCCAUAGCUCACCAAUGACCGGCCAAGCAACCAUGAAAUCUUUUGUGAUACGAUACCUAUGUACGUACGUAUAUAUGCACGUGUGCAUAAUUUUGGCAAACUAAAAUAACAAUGGACGACAUACAUACUACUCCGAAUUGAUUACACGCCACGCCACGCCACGCCACCAGCUCAUGUAACGUACAUAAUAAUUCCCCUUCUUAAUGACUGACUCUCUUGACUUAUUUCAUCUCAUUAAUUGAUUACUGUAAUUACAAUGCACACGUCUGCACCACCACAGAGCUCCAAGUUACGUGCAUACCGACGCUUGCUCAUCAAUCAAUCGCAGAGAAAGGUGCUGGAUUUAUUCGUGAUCAAAUUAAUGACAAACGAACGACGACGCCAAGUAAAAAUAUAUUGCUUUUAUUUAACGUGGGCAGAAAAUAGUCCAAUUUAAUUUCUCAGUGUGUAUUAUACAAAGUAAAAUUUUCUAGAAAUUUCUUGUGAGCUUCAGAAAAAUAUGAGCGCUUUGGAUGAUAAGUUCUUAUGUAAAAUGUAUAUGUAACAGGAUUUUUGUACCUGUAUGGAUAUCUUGUCGUUAUUAUGUAAAUGUCAAUAUACUUUAAUAAAUUGAUAGUAGAUAAGUAAAGUA